AUGAGAUUCCCUUCUGCUUUUUCAUCUUCCACCGCCCAUUUGCUUGAAUCAUCGCCAAUUGACGACGAUCCGGGUCCAUCUGAAUCGAUUGCACUACAGACACGGGUACCAAGUCAGACUGCAGAGAAGCUUGUUGCCGAAAUAAGUGACGAUAGUGAAGACGAAGAAGAAGAACUUCACUUUAGAACAGUCAACGAUACGAAUCCAAUUCUAACAUAUCGAGAAAUGGUUCUACGAAUCGCUUUAAUAGCAAUGCUUUAUUAUCCACUGUCCAUUGGACUCACUUUUUAUCAAAAGUGGUUUAUAAAGAACUACAAGUUGCCGUUACUUGUUGUCAGUGGUCAUUAUAUUCUCAAGUAUCUGUUUGCUGUAAUAAUCCGAUUUAUUUAUGAAUGCGUACGAGCCCCUCGAAUGCGAGUUUCGUUACGAGAUCAAAUGAGAUGGCUUGCUCCGAUUGGAAUAUGCGCAUCCAUGGAUAUUGGUCUAUCGAAUUGGGCAUUAGAAUACGUUACUGUCAGUCUAUAUACAAUGGCAAAAUCAUCUUCAAUCCUAUUUAUUGUUGCUUUUUCGCUACUUCUUCGAUUGGAAAGAUGGCGUAAUUCAUUGGGUUUUGAGACGGGAUUAAUUGCUGCUGGUCUAUUCUUAUUCACAUGGAAAUCAUCUCAACUCGAUUUGACUGGUCUUCUCCUAGUAGAAUUGGCAGCCGCGUGCACUGGAAUCCGAUGGACCGUAUCGCAGUUAGUGAUGCAGAGAGACGACUCAGCAGUCAGACAUCCAUUGGACAUGGUUGCUCAUGUUCAACCGUGGAUGAUGAUUCCAAUUAUUCCAAUGAUUUGGCUGUUCGAAGGAGCUGAAAUCAACUGGAAUUCAGUGUUUUCGUUCCAAGGCCACUAUGAUCCUUGGUUGGUGGUUGGGUUAAUUUCUGGUGGAGGAUUACUCGCGUUUUGUAUGGAAAUCAGUGAGUACCUCCUACUUGUGAACACUUCUGGAAUCACUCUCAACAUCUUUGGAAUAGUAAAAGAAGUGGCGACACUCCUUCUUGCUCAUCUAAUCAACAAAGACAAACUAACUGAAUUGAACAUAUGUGGUUUGGUUCUUUGUCUCUCUGGAAUGCUUCUUCAUGGAAUGAACAAACGACGACAAAGGACACAUCGCCCUCUCCCAUCGUGUUCAACGACAUCAAGAAGCGAAGAUUCUCGGAAAUUAUUGUCUUCCGAAGAACUGGAAGCAUGA